AUGGCGCUCGGGCUCGCCGCUCUGCGCGUCCUGCUGGGUGGCUUCUUCGCGCUCACGGGGGCGGCCAAGCUCUCGGGGCAGAUCUCGGCACCAGCGUCCGAGCAGAUGAAAGCCCUGUUUGUGCAGUUUGCUGAGGUGUUCCCGUUGAAGGUGUUCGGCUAUCAGCCAGAUCCCAUGGGCUAUCAAGAGGCUGUGGGCUGGCUGGAACUGCUGGCUGGGCUGCUGCUGGUCCUGGGCCCACCGAUGCUGCAAGAGAUCAGUAACUUGCUUUUGACCCUGCUCAUGAUGGGAGCUAUCUUCACUCUGGCAUCUCUGAAAGAGUCACCGAACACCUACAUCCCAGCAAUCAUCUGCCUGGGGCUCCUGCUGCUGCUGGAUAUCUGCCAGCUCUGAGUCCAAACUAAGAAGGUGGUCAGACCCACUAGGAAGAAGACUCUUGCAAGUGCGUUCACGGAGUCCUGGGAGUCCUUUUUUCUCUUCAUGCCACAUCACUAUCACAGCAGGAGCAUGGUGGAACGCAGAGUCAGCCACCUUCUUACCAGUGCAUCCAGGGCUGUUCAGUGUUGAAGUAGACAUCUUCUCUACCUGACCCUGCUUUCUCUCUGAGACAUUCACUGCUCUCUUUUGAGGAGCACGUGUUGCACAUACUGUCAUUCCUCAUGUAAUGUGGAAAUAGAAAACAGAAAAGCAAUUUAAAUCCCCUCAAAAUUUAAUGCACCAAAAAUAACCACUAUCCACUCCUUUUUAAUAACUGUACCUCAACUCUUACUAUGCCUUUGUACAGAUGUUUUUAAUGAAAAUGAGGCAAUAUAAAUUACUUUAUUAAAUGUCUUUUAAAACUAA